AUGACCGACAAUAAUCAACCUGACCAUUCAGACAGUAUACGAGAAACAACCAGGAUUGAUGAAGGAACCUUCCCAGGCUUUGUUUCACCAUUCAGUAUAUUCUCAGAUCGUCCAUCAACUUCUGCGUUUGCUAAUAUUGGACAAAUUGAACCUACAUAUCCUCCCAUAGAACAAAAUCAACGGCAAAGAACUUUAGGAGAAACUCUAGGUAUCAAUUUGGAAAUUUCGUCGUCACCGUUUCAUCAAAAUCAAGCACUAUCGUCUACUUUUCCAUUCAAUGAAUUUAAAUUUCCUGUUGAUACUGAAGGACAAGAUUUGAACUCAAAUAUCUUCAGUUCUGAAGGCAAGGAGUUUCCGGACGACAGUGUAGAUCGUGAAUUUGUUGUAUUUCGUCGACCAUCCAAUGUAUCCUCCAAAGAAUCGUUUGUUGACGAUUUACCCGAUGAAUUCUUUGAACAUACUGAAGAAGAUAUACGUAGAUUAAUGCGUUCAUAUCGUAAUGAAUGGGCGGAAAAUCAACCUCUUCAAACAUCGGCUAUGCGUUCAGAAGCUCGUCAUAAAUCUUAUUCUAAAUAUUGUAGAGCUAUUAUUCAAUUUCACUGGGUUGAUAAUCUUGUCGUUCAAGCAUGUUUUCUUCCUAAUGAAAAAGUGUCGGCAUUAUAUAAAUUUAUUCAUGAUCUACAAAAUUCUACUUAUGACUUUAAACUAUAUACUACUCCGCCUAAAUUGUUUCUGUCCGAUAACAACAUCACAUUAAUUGAAGCUGAUUUAGUACCUUUAUCCAAAGUGUUUUAUCAUCCUACUGAUAUACCAGCUGAAAAUGUUCUAAGAUCAGAUGUAUUAGAUAAAGCCAAUGAAGAAAAUAGUAUUAAAGCUCAGUCAAUUGUUUCUUACUGGAUGACAAAUUUACCAUCCCACAACUUAACUCAAGACAGUUCGUCUCAAAUGGAUAUUGACGCUCAGAAAAACUUAAGACGCAUUGAUAGACCUGCUUCUAAUUCAUGCAGUGUGCCAAAGUGGUUGAAAUUAAAAAAAUGA